UUAACAUUGUUUUUCGACUAGUAGUACGGUGGAAGCCGCGUUUAAUAACGAUGGGAUCGGGCGCGCAUUCUUUGAAUAAUCUCUCGUCCGGCGAUGAGCACAGUUCGGAGGAGUCUUCGUCCGAAACUUCGUAUUCGGUGACCGAUCCCAAGAAAACUGUUAAACGUUGUUGUCGUAAAAUCGUGACGUUUAUGUGUACCCAAGUCGGAGUCGGUGGAUUGAUCGUAGGCUACGCUGUCGUCGGUGCUUUUAGUUUCCGCCACAUCGAGGGCUCCUACCAAGACCCGAAAAUCAAGCAAGUAAUCAGUAAGAUGAACGAAUCGGUGGAGAUUCUGUGGAACAUCACGAACGAGCAUAAUGUCUUGAACGAGAGCACUUGGAACAAGGAAGUACAAGAGGUUUUGCUAGAUUUGCAAAAAAAUAUCACCGGAUCGGUGAAAGAUGGGUAUAACGGUAUACCCGGUGCACAUAUGUGGAGCUUUCCAGCAGCCUUGAUGUUCUGUCUUUCUGUAUUCACGAUGAUCGGUUACGGCAACAUGAUCCCUCAUACGGAGACUGGUAAAGCGGCCACCAUGGUUUACGCGGUUUUUGGCAUACCACUCUACAUACUGUACUUCAAGAACAUGGGCACGGUGCUGGCGCAAGCUUUCCGUUGGACUUAUACGUGGAUCUACCGAUGCAGCAUGGAAGACAGUCAUCCGAAGAUAAGUGAGAAAAACGACCAAGCUCCGAAAAGAAUUAUCGUACCUUCUACCGCAUGCUUGUGGGUAUUGUUCGCGUACGUGGCGACGGGAACGGCCAUGUUUUCCAGCUGGCAGAGCUGGUCGGUCAUGGAUAGCGCGUAUUUUUGCGUGACCAGUUUAUGCAAGAUCGGUAUCGGCGAUUUCACUCCGGAUAAUUUGUUAGUGUCCGAGAAGGGCGAUCCGACCAGAUUGGUGUUUACAUUCGUGUACUUGUUGUUCGGUAUGGGCAUUAUUGCCAUGUGUUUCGAUUUAAUGAAAGAAGACGUGACUGCGAAAGCUAAAAAUUUAAAAAAUGAUAUCAUAUUUUGCUUCGAAGAUAUACAAUCGAAAGCUAUCGACUUUUAUAAAAGACGAAAUUCUCUAGAAUAAUAUCUCAUCCCCUCUUUAUAGGUAUCCGUCCCAGCCUUCGACACCCUUUUGUGACCAUUCGCGAGGAAACCGAUCUUCAAUUCGAAAAUAAAUUCUCAAGAAAAACGCAUUCUAAGUUUUGGUUCUGUUUGGAGCUAAACGAUCGUGAAAUGAAGUGAGUUUUCAACUCCUUCAACGAAUUCGUAGGUACCCAAUAUUUGGCCUGUCUGAAUUAGAAAUGUGCUCAAAAAGCAUCACCCUGCCUUUUUUUCGUGGAUAAAAUUGUGUGAUUGAGUUUUUCAAGGUGAUUUUUUUUUGUUUUUUUAAUAAAAGUUUUUUUCUAACAAGGGAACCUCUUGAGGUGUCACACUCCGAUUUGAACAGGACUGCGAUAUUUGGAAAGAGCAUAGUCUAAAACCCCCAAAACCACAUUUUUAGCUGCCCAAGUUCAUUUUUCGAUUUUUGGCGAAUUUUUGAAAAUUCAAAAUUGACUGUUUUUGGCGAUUUAUGCUUUUCUUUUUUUAAUGUACGUAUGCACUUGAUCAGUAAAAAUGGUCAAAAUAAGUCCCAAAACUAAUAUUAAUUACCCAAAUCCAAAUUUCACCAUUUCCAGUCAUUCUGGAGCCUCCAGCGCGAUUUUUCAAUUUCUCCACAAUUUUGAAUUUGCUCCAGAAGGCGUUAAAAUGAAGUUGGACAGCUAAAAAUCGAGUUAAUUAUUACACUCGACCUGCUUAACGAGUUUAUCCACAUUUAAGCCGAUUUUGAGAGUGACACCUCAAGAGUGACUUUUUGACCAGCUUUUUUCAAAAUUAAAAAAUCCAAAAAAUCAAAAGAUAACCGUUUGUGAGGAAAUUUUUGAAAUUUGCGCCAAUCGCUGUAUUUUGUCCGUAACUAACCUCCCAAAUCAAAAUUUUACAAUUUCCAACCAUUCUGGAGCCUCAAGCGCGGUUUUCAAUUUCUCCAGAAUUUUGAAUUUGCUCCAGAAGGCGUGAAUAUGAAGUUGGGCAGCUAAAAAUCGAGUUGUGUAAUACACUCGACCUGUUUAACGAGUUUAUCCACAUUUCAGCCGAUUUUGAGAGUGACACCUCAAAAGUGGUUUUUUGUCCAGUUUUUUUCAAAAUUGAAAAAUCCAAAAAAUCAAAAGAUAACCGUUUGUGAGGAAAUUUUUGAAAUUUGCGCCAAUCGCUGUAUUUUGUCCGUAACUAACCUCCCAAAUCAAAAUUUUACAAUUUCCAACCAUUCUGGAGCCUCAAGCGCGGUUUUCAAUUUCUCCAGAAUUUUGAAUUUGCUCCAGAAGGCGUGAAUAUGAAGUUGGGCAGCUAAAAAUCGAGUUGUAUAUUACACUCGACCUGUUUAACGAGUUUAUCUACAUUUCAGCCGAUUUUGGGAGUGACACCUCAAGAGUGACUUUUUGACCAGCUUUUUUCAAAAUUAAAAAAUCAAAAAAAUCAAAAGAUAACCGUUUGUGAGGAAAUUUUUGAAAUUUGCGCGAAUCGCUGUAUUUUGUCCGUAACUAACCCCCCAAAUUCAAAUUUCACAAUUUCCAGUCAUUCUGGAGCCUCCAGCGCGAUUUUCAAUUUUUCCAGAAUUUUGAAUUUGCUCCAGAAGGCGUGAAUAUGAAGUUGGGCAGCUAAAAAUCGAGUUGUAUAUUACACUCGACCUGUUUAACGAGUUUAUCCACAUUUGAGCCCAUUUUGAGAGUGACACUUCAAGAGUGGUUUUUUGAGGUGUCACUCUCGCUUCAAAACGGCUGGAAAUGGUAGAAUUUGCGCUCCGGGGGUUAGUUCUUGAAGAAAUACAGCGAUUCGCGCAAAUUUUCAAAAAUUUCUUCACAAACGGUUAUCUUUUGAUUUUUUGGACUUUUUAAUUUUGAAAAAACGUGGUCAAAAAGCCACUUUGGAGGUAUUACUCUCAAA